AUGCCUAGUCUCCGUCGAUGUCCAGGCCUGGGUCGAAUCAUUGUCGCCGCUUUCUUGAUUUGGAUGGUUCUCUCAUCACGUCAAAGGAUUCGGAAAUUUAUCAGCUCCGAGGUCUACUCGCAUGCUCUUGUUAAUUCUACACUUGGGUUUGAACGGAUAAUGGUAAUUUCAACCGGCGAUUCCGGAAGAAUCCAAGGGAUUAUCAAUGCGAGCAUGUACACAGGGCUCCAACUCGAUAUUCCUUACCAAGAAUCAUGGUCUUUGGAUGUGGCAGAGUCUUUCCGCCGAAAUAAAAUGCAAGGUCUGGAACCUAAGACAGGUAUAGGCCAGACCCAAUGCUGGCUUGGACAUCUGAAUGUGUUACGUGAAGUAGUGCAUCAGUCUAUUACCACAGCCUUGAUAUUUGAGGACGACGUGGACUGGGACGUGGCCAUCAAGAAAGAGAUAGGUCUCGUGGGCCCACUAUUGCAUCAAAUAUGGCCAUGCGAUGGCGAUGACAAUACACCUUAUGGAACCUGCUGGGAUAUCCUAUGGCUUGGUCAUUGUGGGGACCUAGUUCCGCGGGAUGCACUUUCGAUUUCAGACGAUACGUCUCUUCCAUCAUCUAUCUAUGAAGAGAACGACGGCGAGCCUAUACCAUUCCCAGCCCAAUUACGAAUGGUUCACGUCAGCCAAGGUCCCGUUUGCACCUAUGCAUAUGCGGUGACAAAACAAAGCGCUUACAAGCUGAUACAUAUGGUGGGUGAUGGAAUUGAUGAGACGACAAGCACGCAGCUUCGGCUGUGGUGUCAGGAUGGCAGUCUUCGGUGUAUAACUAGCUAUUUCAUCACCACAGGUCCAGAGGACAACUGGCAAGUCAGAUUGCCCGGGUAG